GUUAAACAAUGUUGACAAUUCCAUAUCUGUGGUGCUAGUUCUCUUUCUGUCAAUUUGGUUGCUAUUGUCGAUUAUUUUUCAAAAAAGUUUAUAAUAAACAAGGAUAAUUUUGUUAUUUGCAAGAUUACCAGAGAAGUAAAUCUCAAAAUGCCAGAACUUACCGAAUUGGACAAAGCCACAGCUUCAAUGACUGAAAAGCGCAAGGAAGAAACUGCUUCCUCAGACAGUGACUCUGAUGAUACUAUUCCAGAGUUAGAAGAUGCAGGUGCACCAGGUGCUGGAGGUAUUACCAACCCCAUUGCUGGCAUUGAUAUUGUGUCUAAGGCUAAGCAAUCACGAGGAGAAAAGAAAGCUCGUAAAAUUAUGAGCAAACUUGGUUUAAAACCAGUGCAAGGAGUCAACAGGGUGACAAUCAGGAAGUCAAAGAAUAUCCUGUUUGUGAUCAACUCACCAGAUGUAUACAAGAACCCCCACUCGGACACAUACAUUGUGUUUGGAGAGGCCAAGAUUGAGGAUUUGUCACAGCAGGCAACAAUGGCUGCUGCGGAGCGCUUCAAGGCCCCUGAGACUGCUGCUUCAGGCAAUGAUGCCACUGCUACUGGCACAACAGUAGCACCAAUAGCAGAAGAGGAAGAUGAGGAAGGAGUGGAUGAAUCUGGUGUUGAUGAAAAGGAUGUGGAGAUAGUAAUGACGCAAGCUAACGUCUCAAGGGCACGGGCGGUCCGUGCAUUGCGUAAUAACCAAUCCGAUAUUGUCAAUGCUAUAAUGGAACUUACAAUGUAAGAAGCAGAUAGUCACAAGAAUUACUUUAUAUGUUCCUAGUUAUAAGUCUCUUUGUUAACUACAUUGGCUUGAAAUGAAGA